AGAAGGGAGGCCGAGGAGGAAGCGGAUCCUGCGCCGCGUAGCUAAAUCGCAACCAACUCCGUUUCGUCUCCCUCCGCCGCUGUCGGGCCGCGAGCGGGAGCGGCUGGGACUGCAUCGUUGGGUGGGCCGGGGGGAACGCGGAGGCGGAGGGAGACGGCGCGGCCCCGGAGGGCGCCAGGCAGGGGUGGGGAGGAGGGGCCCACGGCCCGGUGGCGGCGGCGCCCGAGCUCCCCGCGGGGCCCCGCCUCGGAGCGGGCGGUGGCGGCGGCGGCGGAGGAGCCCGCGGAGCAGGAUGGCGGCCUCGGCCCUGUACGCCUGCACCAAGUGCACCCAGCGCUACCCCUUCGAGGAGCUCUCCCAGGGCCAGCAGCUCUGCAAGGUCCGUGGGCGCCGGGCGGCGGGCGGGCUGGGUGUGCUCGGCCGUGACCCCGCUCUCUCAACCGGCGCUGUCGGGGUCUGGAGCUCCGGCUCCUCACCAGGGGGACCCCCUUGGUCCGAGGGCCUGAGCAUUAGCUGGGGCAGGCCCCUGAGGUGAAGACAACCUCGUCCUCUUCCAGGUGGCGCACGACGGGGUCGAGCCCCGACAAGGUUCAGGGGUCUCGGGUGGAACUGAGGCAGCCGCCGGUCUGUGCCGCAGAGAUCCUGGGGUGGAGAUGUUUUCAUCUCUAUUUUCUUCUGCCUGGUCUGUCCUGUCCUUCCACCGGGAGGCAGGGGACGGUUUUUGCACUUUCUUGCUAGGAACCUGAAGCCGCAAAGCUGAUGGCAUCCUUCUUCCCUGUCCAGAAAAGCGAAGCGACUGGCCUGGGAACAGAAUGCUCUAUGAUUUGGAGCUCCUCCCAUCCCGUUAAAGCCGGGAUGCUGUCUGUGAGCAACGGAAUGUCGGAUUGCUCAUCCUAUUGUAAAAUGUACAUACUGCAGAUCAGAAUUUCAACAGGAGAGCAAAACUAAUACAAUUUGUAAGAAGUGUGCUCAAAAUGUGAAGCAAUUUGGCACACCUAAACCUUGUCAGUACUGUAACAUAAUUGCAGCGUUUAUUGGUACAAAGUGUCAGCGUUGUACAAAUUCAGAAAAAAAAUAUGGACCACCUCAGACCUGUGAACAGUGCAAACAACAAUGUGCUUUUGAUCGGAAGGAGGAAGGAAGAAGAAAGGUUGAUGGAAAGUUGUUAUGCUGGCUCUGCACUUUGUCAUACAAGAGGGUUUUACAGAAGACCAAAGACCAAAGGAAGAGCCUGGGAUCUUCACAUUCAAACUCAUCUUCUUCAUCUCUUACUGAGAAAGACCAGCAUCAUUCAAAACACCACCACCACCACCACCACCAUCACCAUCGCCACAGCAGUAGUCAUCACAAAUGUCAUUUAUAUAUUUUUCAGAAUCAGCAGUCUGAGUCCAGAACAAGAGCAGGGACUGUGGAAACAGAGCCAUAAAUCCUCUGCAGCAAUUCAGAAUGAAACUCCAAAGAAAAAGCCCAAAUUGGAAUCUAAGCCAUCUAAUGGAGAUAGUAGCUCUAUAAAUCAGUCAGCAGAUAGUGGGGGAACAGACAAUUUUGUCCUUAUAAGUCAACUGAAAGAAGAAGUGAUGUCACUUAAACGUCUUUUACAACAGAGAGAUCAGACCAUUUUAGAAAAAGAUAAAAAGUUAACUGAACUGAAGGCAGACUUUCAGUAUCAAGAGUCAAACUUGAGAACAAAGAUGAACAGUAUGGAAAAAGCUCAUAAAGAAACUGUGGAACAACUUCAGGGAAUUGUGAAGAGAAUCCUUGAACAGAGCCUGGCAUAUAGUUACUCAGGUUUUAUAUUUCAUCCUUGUUAUCAGACCACUUCCUCAUAUUGUCUGUUUUUUCUGGAGCCAAUCUGUCACAGGCCAAAAACAGAGAACUACUCAAACAGGUUGCAGCCUUGUCAAAGGGUAAAAAGUUUGACAAAAGCGGAAGCAUACUGACAUCCCCUUGAGAAAGUAGUUAUUCAUUUAGUGUUUCUGCUGAAAAUGUAAAUUUGAAAAAAAAAGAUUCUGUAAAGCCCUUAAAUUCUGUGUAGUGGAAAAAUAUUUUUGCACACCAAGUGAAUUGGCGUGUUUCUAUUCACUUUUGUAACUGAUAUACAGCAUUUUUUAAGUUGUAAAACAUUCAGAUAAAACUUCAACUGGUUUGAAGUAACUUUUUAAUUAUUUGAUACCCAGGAACUUUUUGCCAGCAAUAGUAUUAAACAGUUGUAAAGGAGCGCAUGAGUAGUGCCCUUCCUAAAACGAAACAUGCAAUAAUAGGAGUGGUAUGGUUUUAAGAAGUCAAAGUUACAGGGCUUUUGGUUCGUUUUGUUUUUUGUUUUACACUCUGCUACUUUCAGAUAACCUUCAAUUUAGAAAUAAAUACAAAAGCUUUUAAACAAUGAAAAUGGUGAACACUGGUUUUUUAGUAAUUGUGUUUUUACUUUGCAUCAACGUGAAUUUAGAAAAGAAUCAUGGUGCUUUUAUUAAACGAAUUUCAGAGUAUAUGUAAAUAUGUUUUUAAAAGUUACAUCAUUAACAUUAGUAAACUAGUAUUUUCAUUAUUGGUAUAGGAAUUAAUGUUUUUAUUGUACAGUAUCCAAGUUAAAAUGUGUUUUGUUUUGUAAAAACUGUAGAUUUUUACUUACAAGUGCCUUUUUGCCACCUAAUGUUUUUAUUUAUAGGAAUGCUGAUCUUUUGUACAUACGGUUUGUUUUAAAAUCAUGUUUAAUAAAUGUUUGUAUAUAAAUGCAUAUGUACAGAAGCCUAUUUCAAAAGGAAAUCAAAGUUGCUAAAAUGUUUGAGGUUGCAUUAAGAACUGAUAAUGCAUACAGACUUCAGUUGAUUUUGUGGUUUGUUUCUGUGUGAUGUGGGAAGCUCUUGAUCGUUGAAUUCAUUGAAUUAUGUGAAAAUACUUCCCCAAAGAUUUAAUUUGGAAUCACUUCUGAUAAUUUUAUUUUUUAUGUCCUACAGCUUCAUGUUCAUAUUUUGUGAGUUAUGUAUUUGCUUUAUUUUUCUUUUAAAAAAUUUUUAAAAAAUUUAUACUUUUUCUGCAGUGGUCCAUAUAUCUGCUUUCCCUAUAAUAUGUGGUUAUCUAAGUUAAUAUUUAUGUACACCAUACUUUUAAUUUGUAAGUUUAAAGUAAAUCUGGAAAAAAUUAAAUAACUUUUAAAUCAGUAUGUGAUUAUCUUUGAAUAAAUUGGAAUCUAAGAUUCAGGCACUAUUUAUAAGAAAAUUAUAUCAGAGUCUUUAAAAUUAUCUAUAAAAGGUUAAGGUAGGAUGAGAUAGGUUAUGUAAAGUUAUUAACUAAUUAUAUUUUGAUCCAGUGGUUCCAGCCUGUAAUAGAAUUGAUCUACUUACUAAAUGCCAGUUCAGACUUUUCAGUUCAAUUUUAAAGCCUCAGGCAUUGCUCCAUAAUACCUUAUAGAGCAGCAGAAGUUCCUUCUCUUUUGAAUUUAUGGGCAGGGAUAAAAUUUUUUUGAGAAAACUAUUAAGUUUAUCAGUUUUAAAGAUUUUGUUUUUAAACAGGUAUUGAUUAUGAAUGUCAUCAAAGACUGUCUUUCCUCAGACCACAGGAUGAUUAUAAUAAUUAUUUUUAACAUGACUCAUGUUACAAUAGAUUAUUCCUAAAGUUACUCAUUAUAAAGUGAUACAAAUAAUUUGUCCAAUUUGAAACAUAAUCUAGGGCAAUUUUUGAAGUGAUGGCAAAAGAUUGGAUCAGUCAGACUUGGAAAAAUUAAAUCAGUUUAUUUUUAUGAGAUCUUCAUGUAAUAAUUUUCCUAAAUUUAGUACCAGGAAUGAUAGAUACUGCCUUUUUAACACAGAUUUUAAUGUUUGCAGGAUUUGCUAAAUUCAUAAGGUAGUCAUUACUUCCUUUAAAAUUUAUAAUGUUUUAUAUUCUGGUUUCACAGCCAUUUGUCAAUCCACAGUGGUCAUUAUGGUUUUAAAAUAAACUGUAAUACUGAUUCUUAACACCUUGUUGGAGCUGCUACAACAGAAAGGUGCCCCUUCCCCCCCUUUUAGGUAACAGAGUAAAACUUGAAAGUCAGUCUAAAUAAUUAAGCUUUGUAAAUUCCAAGGCUAAACCAUUUAGGGGUUUCACAGUACAUAGUCCUAAUUAAAUAUCUUUUUUAUUCCAUGACCUUAUUUUAUAACUGAUUUUUUUUUUUUGCAAUUGUAUAAACUAGUAAUUGAGUCCCAGUCCUGGAUCUGUAGUAUGUUGACAUAAUAAGCUGAUAUUCUUUAAAUGUGGACCUGUAAGGAGAUACCAUGGUGUGCUGUAUUGUGCUUUUUAGCCUGUUUUCAGCUACUAGACCAGUGAGGGUCAUUUUGGCUCAAGUUAUUUAUGUAUCAAUAGCCUGUGAAUAUUGCAGUCCUUUUUAGAUGGUAUGGUCUAAAUACAUUCUGCCGUGAACCUGUUAAGCUGUUCACAUGUAUAAACUAUUGAAAUACUGUACUUGUAAACAUCUGACUUGACAUUUUGUACUUUUUUCUAAAUCCAAUAUUUCACAAUAAAAACUUGUCCAGAG